AGUGUUGUUAAACGCAUCGCAGGACCGGCGUCACUUCGCGUAAGGCGCACUUUUUUUCUCUCCAGAAUCGUUUUCCCGACGUCUACGUUGUUUGACUAAUCAAACCACCAAACUAGCUACUUACUCUUUAUUAAAUCGUCGCAUCCAAGUGAACAGCACUUUGAAUAAAGUAAAGCAAAAUGGGUAAGAAGCCUGACGACGCCGAGAGCACUCAAUCCGAAGAGGAGGUGGAAGAGGAGGAGGAGUAUGCCGUUGAGAAGAUUUUGGAUCGCCGUGUCCGCAAAGGAAAAGUGGAGUACUUUUUGAAAUGGAAGGGCUAUCCCGAAACUGAAAAUACUUGGGAACCCGAGAGUAAUCUCGAUUGCCAGGAUCUUAUACAGCAAUACGAGCUGAGUCGCAAGGAUGAGGAGAAGUCCGGCGGUGGCGCCAAAAAGGACCGUCCUGGCAGCAGCGCCAAAGUGAAGGAGACGGGCCGUAGCUCCACUGGCACAGGUGUGCCAGCCAGCAAGCGCAAACAGGAGGAGCCUUCGGCAGCUACCAAUGGAAAAUUAAAGCGCACAGAUCAUGACCAGGACUCUAGCAACGACUCGAAUAGUUCGACAACCACGGGUUUCGAUCGCGGCCAGGAGGCUGAAAAAAUUCUUGGCGCCUCUGACAACAAUGGCCGCCUCACAUUCCUGAUUCAGUUCAAAGGUGUCGACCAGGCUGAGAUGGUGCCAUCCUCGAUAGCUAACGUAAAGAUACCCGCUAUGGUGAUUGCCUUCUAUGAGGAGCGCCUCUCGUGGUACUCGGACAACGAGGAUUAGUAGUGGUAGAGUGUUAGCCGAGGCAAAAGAGUAAAUAAUCUUAAAUAAAAAACUUAAAAUAUA